UUGCAAUGCUUGAUUGAUCCGAUAAACAGAAAAGGGAAGUCAGGUAACACUGAGCUGUAAAAAGUAAGCAAUGAUCACGUUGAUUGGAGGGCGGAACUUGUUGCACCUGUUCAACUUGUUUAGGAGGCUGGAGCUGACUUAUCCAAACAGCCUGUGUUAGGCCAGGAUUUGUGGAGACCAUACACUGGCUCUCAUGCUGAAUAACACUCUGUAAUUAACUUGGCAGAGCAAAGAGGUGAUUUCAUUUCAGUGCCUAUGACUAUGGGCGGAGGAUCACCCAGGAUUACUGGCAAACCUUGCCGUACAUCGCUCCGUGUUUAUUUCAUUUUGCUUGCUUGUUUUCCAAAUGUGUUUAUGCCGGCGGCCGCGGCGGCCACUGGAAACAGUACGACUUUCAGUAAUCCGGAGACAGUGAGCAGUGGACAGCAUCAAGACUCCAACCGCUAUUACAGCUCCACGACCUCUACAAGCCAGGAUGAGAGACUCAGUGUGUUCUCUCUGAAUUACUACCAUGUACAGGUUCCCUUCGAGAUCACCUUGUGGAUAGUGCUGGCCUCUCUGGCGAAAGUUGGAUUUCACCUUUUUCAUAAACUCUCAACUUACGUGCCAGAGAGCUGUUUGCUGAUCAUUAUCGGGCUAUUAGUGGGAGGAAUCAUCUUUGGAGCUGAAGAGCGAUCUCCUCCUGUUAUGAGCACAGAUGUCUUUUUCCUGUACUUGCUGCCUCCCAUUAUCUUGGAUGCUGGUUACUUUAUGCCUGGCAGGCUCUUCUUUGAAAACAUUGGGACCAUCUUAUGGUAUGCUGUGAUUGGCACCAUAUGGAACAUAGCUGGCAUCAGCCUGUCAUUAUAUGGGAUAUGUCAGAUUCAAGUUUUUCAAUUAAGUGACAUUACACUCCUGCAAAUCUUAGUGUUUGGAAGUUUGAUCUCGGCUGUAGAUCCAGUUGCAGUUUUGGCUGUCUUUGAAGAAAUUCAUGUAAAUGAACAGCUUCAUAUCUUGGUAUUUGGAGAGUCACUGCUUAAUGAUGCUGUCACUGUGGCUCUGUAUCACUCAUUCAAGCAGCUCUGCCAGAUGCGCACUAUUAUAACUGUGGACAUCUUUGCUGCAAUUGCCCAAUUCUUUGUGGUGAGCAUUGGCGGCAUAGUGGUUGGAAUUAUCUAUGGAUUUGUUGCAGCUUUCACCACCCGCUUCACUCAGAAUGUUCGCAUAAUUGAGCCGCUGUUCGUCUUCCUGUUCAGUUACCUUUCCUACCUGACAGCCGAAAUGUUCCGCAUGUCUGGUAUCAUGGCAUUGAUAGCCUGUUCUAUGAGCAUGAAGCGCUACGUAGAAGAAAACAUUUCGAUGAAGUCCAGCACCACUAUUAAGUAUUUCUUGAAGAUGUGGAGCAGUGUCAGUGAGACUCUCAUUUUCAUUUUCCUUGGGGUAUCGACAAUCACGGAAAAGCAUGAAUGGAACUGGGCGUUUGUUUGCUUCACUUUAUUAUUCUGCUUAUUGUGGCGUGCGCUAGGUGUACUUGUACUGACUUGGAUUAUUAACAAAUUCCGUAAACUAUUAGUCACCCGCAAGGAUCAAUUCAUCAUUGCCUAUGGAGGGCUGCGUGGAGCCAUUUGCUUUUCCCUCGUUUUUCUACUCCCGUCUCAUGUCUUUCCUCGGAAGAAUUUGUUCAUCACGGCAACCAUUGUGAUUAUAUUCUUCACCGUUUUUAUUCAGGGAAUGACUAUCCGCCCAUUGGUUGCAUUUUUGGAAGUUAAAAAAUCAAAUAAGCAGCCGCCAACAGUGGGUGAAGAGAUUCACAUUCGAUUAUUUGACCAUGUGUUGGCUGGAGUUGUGGACGUCUGUGGACAAUGGAGUCACCACAACCUAAGAGACAAAGCCAGGAAGUUUGAUCGCAGUUAUUUGGCCAAGCUCUUGAUUCGGGGUAAUGAACCGAAGAAUAGUAUUGUUGCUCUUUAUAAGAAGCUGGAAUUAAAACAUGCCAUUCAAAUGGCUGAAUCGGGUGAACUCAGCAAAGUGUCAUCAUCUGCAUCUCUGCUGGGUAAAAUACCCAAAGAGGUUCAAAGUCUUUCCUCAGAAGAAUUGAAGAAUAUGAAAGAAAUCUUGGCUAAGAGUCUGUACCGGAUCAGACAGAGAGCACCAUCAUACAACAGGCACAGUCUGCCAAGAGAGACCGCUGAGAAUCAGGUCAAAGAAAUCCUAAUCCGGCGACACGGGAGUCUUCGGGAUAGUAUGCGCAGUACUACCAGAGCCAGGAAGUCUGGUGCAGUAAAGAGCCGUCCAUUUUCGCAGCCUCAAAGUACCAGAAUUUCUUCCAGAGCCCCAAAGAGGAACACAGCUUUCACAGUGGGUGAAGACAUUAGCUCGGAAACAGAUUCUCUGCAGCUAAGGAACUUAUCGCAGUCCAUAAUUGGCUCGGGUUCUCGUCAGAGCCCAAACCGAAUGGAGUGGACAAAUGAAGUAAAAGCAGAGGACAGUGGGUCUAACUCUGGUCGAGAUGAAGGUGGAAGACGUCAAGCACUGAUGCCAAGGGUACGAUUUAGUCAACCCGAAUCCCAAGACUGUGAAACUGGAAGAAACCGGCAAGGGUUUGUUGAAAUCGCACCAGCUAGUUGGAUAGAAGAAGAUACUCACGAGGAAGACCAUGAAAUCGACGAUCCCUUGCUAAGAAAACCAAAGUGAUACCAACCAAUAGUUGGAUCGCACCGCUGAGUUACUGCUUGAUUGAUUCAUGAUAUUACAGUACUUGCAGGAACAAGUUAUGUUUCAAAAAUUUUGUAUUAGUAAAACAAAUCCAAUUCUGAUAAGAAA